CGGAGAGAGGGGGAGGGGAGGGGGAGAGAGAUAGAGAGAGCUAGAAUGAAUAACGGGUUCAAAUUUUAUGUGUAGUUCUUUGUUUUAUGUUAUGGGGAUUGAGAAAUUUGGAAUUUUGGGGAUUAAUUUUGAUAUUUAUCAGUCAAUUUGAUGCAUAAAUGAGCUCAAAUUCGUUCGUUAUCUGAUAAAUGGGGAGAUCGUUGAGUUCGUGAAUGUGAUUCUUCCUAGACGAUCUCUAAUCUUUGCUUGUGGAUCUGAGAAGGAUUUGAAAUCAUGCCGUCUCACGCGGAUCUGGACUAUCAGAUCGAGCAUCUGAUGGAGUGCAAGCCGUUGCCGGAAGCGGAGGUGAAAAUACUUUGCGAUCAGGCGAGAGCGAUUCUGGUCGAGGAGUGGAACGUGCAACCGGUUAAGUGUCCGGUGACGGUUUGUGGUGAUAUUCAUGGCCAAUUUUACGAUCUCAUUGAACUGUUUCGGAUAGGAGGCCGUACUCCCGAUACUAAUUACCUUUUCAUGGGCGAUUACGUUGAUCGUGGGUACUACUCGGUGGAGACAGUUACUCUUCUAGUGGCUCUAAAAGUUCGUUACAGAGACAGAAUUACCAUCUUGAGGGGUAAUCACGAGAGCCGACAAAUAACCCAAGUGUAUGGAUUUUAUGAUGAAUGCCUGAGAAAAUAUGGAAACGCCAAUGUCUGGAAACACUUCACCGAUCUUUUCGAUUACCUCCCUCUUACAGCUCUAGUUGAGAGUCAGGUUUUCUGUUUACAUGGAGGACUUUCUCCAUCUUUGGAUACCUUGGAUAACAUUCGCUCAUUGGACCGUAUACAAGAGGUCCCCCAUGAGGGGCCGAUGUGUGAUCUCUUAUGGUCUGAUCCAGACGACCGGUGUGGAUGGGGAAUAUCUCCACGUGGGGCUGGGUAUACAUUUGGUCAGGAUAUAGCUGCUCAGUUCAAUCAUACAAAUGGGCUCUCUCUUAUAUCCAGAGCUCAUCAACUUGUCAUGGAAGGAUACAACUGGUGUCAGGAUAAGAAUGUGGUGACUGUCUUUAGUGCACCAAAUUAUUGUUAUCGAUGUGGAAAUAUGGCUGCAAUUCUGGAAAUUGGGGAGAAUAUGGAUCAAAAUUUUCUACAAUUUGACCCAGCUCCUCGGCAAAUUGAACCUGAUACCACACGGAAGACUCCUGAUUAUUUUUUGUGAUUACUAUAUGGGUUGUGACAUUGUAAGUUCGUCAUUGUAGAUGUUUACUCUGAAAAAGCCUUAUAUUGUCAUGGGUGAGAACCAGAUUAUGUUAAAUGUCAUUCUUUUGGUUGUAGUUUUAGUUGUGUUUUGUUGCUUCUUUGAUGUGUAGAAGAAACUCAAGUAGUAAAGUGGCAUGGUGCCCAUUUCCUUGUAAAUCUUAAAGAAGCAAUAGCUUGAUAUUAUUGUGUUUGUGUUAUAAAUAUAUAUUCUUUGAAGUGAAAA